AUGAACCUCAACUUCACCUCCCCUCUCCAUCCCGUGUCUUCCCAGAGGCCCACAUCCUUUUUUAUUGAGGAUAUCUUGCUGCACAAGCCCAAGCCGCUGCGGGAGGUAGCUCCUGACCACUUCGCCAGUUCCCUGGCCUCCCGCGUCCCACUGUUAGACUAUGGUUACCCCCUCAUGCCCACGCCGACCCUUCUGGCUCCUCACCCGCAUCAUCCGCUCCACAAAGGCGACCACCACCACCCUUAUUUCCUAACUACCUCGGGAGUACCCGUCUCUGCGUUGUUCCCGCAUCCCCCUCACACCGAUCUUCCGGGGAAGCACUGUCGCCGCCGUAAAGCUCGCACCGUCUUCUCCGACUCUCAGCUCUCGGGCCUUGAGAAGAGGUUCGAGAUCCAACGAUAUUUGUCCACCCCAGAGCGGGUAGAAUUGGCCACUGCGCUCAGCCUGUCCGAGACUCAGGUGAAGACGUGGUUCCAGAAUCGGAGGAUGAAGCACAAAAAACAGCUGCGGAAAAGCCAGGACGAGCCUAAGGCACCCGGCGGCCAGGAGAGCCCCCAGCGCAGCCCACACACCUCCGAGGCGGUGCCGGUUGAGCCCCGGGGUGGGCUGCCGGUAGCCGGCCCCUUCGUUCUCACUGAGCCAGAGGACGAAGUGGACAUCGGGGACGAGGGGGAGCUGGGACCCGGGCCGCAUCUACUCUGAGCUAUUGCGUCCGAGGGCAAACGGUAAAGACAGGGACCGGGGAAGGGAAGCCAACCCUCUGGGUGUCUCUUUUGAAGAAAGGACACAGACUCCUGGGUUUGGUGGAGACUAAGAGACCGAUUAGGGAUAGGGCUGCCUUUUUCCUGCUAUUUUGAACUACAAACAACCCUCUCUUCUACAACUACAGUUCCCAUCGACCCUUCAGAGAGCGAGUUUGGCCCCUAGUCCUAGACAAGAUUUCAGGGUUUCCUUCCCCACAGAUCUCCUGGUCUCCGCACCUAUUCCCGGCCAAUGUUCUCCUUCACCGGCUAGUUCCAGUUAAGGGCGGAGGAAAGGACUAAGGGUAUGUUGACACUACAACCGCCCCCGUGGGGAUCAAAAGAGGCCUGUCCAGAAGAUACUCGAAACUGGUUGGGGAGAGGGCUUCUUUCUAGCCUGAGUCUCAGAACCCUUCUCAGUCCUGCCUCCUUUGCUCAGGUAUGGCUGUUCCGU